CUUCCCUCCCCCUUCACCCUCCCCCCAGUCUCUCCCCCUACUGUCCUCUCCCACCUCCAAUUGAUCAUGGCAUCAGAAGCAGAAAAAACAUUCAAACGGUUUGCUGUCUUCGGAGAAUCAUCAAGCAGUGGCGUUGAAAUUAACAACAAAAACUUCUCCAAGCUGUGCAAAGACUGUGGCAUCAUGGAUGGCAAGAUGGUCACUUCCACUGAUGUGGACAUCGUGUUCAGCAAAGUCAAGGACAAGAAUGCACGAACCAUCACAUUUCCACAGUUCCAGGAAGCAAUGAAGGAACUGGGCCAGAAGCGGUUUAAGGGGAAGAACCCAGAUGAAACCCUAGAGAACAUUUAUAAACUCAUGGAGGGCAAGGAUCCAGCUACCCCUGGUGUUACUAAAGCAACAACCGUGGGCGGAGUGAGCCGGCUGACAGACACCAGCAAGUACACUGGCAGCCACAAGGAGCGCUUUGACGAGAGUGGCAAAGGCAAAGGCAUAGCAGGACGGGAAGAGAGGAGUGAAAACUCAGGCUAUGUGAGUGCCUACAAGGGUGCUGGCACCUAUGAUAAGAAGAAGGAGAGUAAGUAGGGAAUAACCUCAUCUUAGCCUGCCAGCCCUUGACCCAGCAUCUUUAAUACUGGGGAGCUCAGGAAACAAUAAAU